AUGUCCAAACUAUUCGCUCCCAUCCGCGUCGGCCGCAUGGAUCUGUGCAACCGCUUGACAAUGGCGCCCAUGACGCGCCUCCGCGCCGACGAUGCCCACGUCCCCCUCCCAAUGGUCACAGAAUACUACGCCCAGCGGGCCUCAACACCCGGCACGCUCCUGAUAGCGGAAGGGACAUUCAUCUCCCCACAAGCCGGUGGAAUGGCUAACGUGCCGGGCAUCUAUAACGACGCCCAAAUGACGGCCUGGAAGGAAGUCACCGCCGCUGUGCACGAGAAGGGCUGCUACAUCUAUCUGCAACUGUGGGCGCUUGGCCGCGUCGCUAGGCCUGACCUCCUCCAAGCCGCCGGUGGCUUUUCUGUUGUUUCGUCCAGCGAAACCAUCCCACCCAAGCGGACUGCGGUCCCACAUGCACUGAGCGAAGCUGAGAUUGAGGACUGGAUCAAGGCAUAUGCGCAAGGGGCGAGGAACGCCAUUGCCGCUGGCUUUGACGGCGUCGAGAUCCACGCUGCCAACGGCUACUUGAUCGACCAGUUCAUCCAGGACACCUGUAACAAGCGCACUGAUCGCUGGGGCGGCAGUGUCGAGAACCGUGCCCGGUUUGCGGUAGAGGUAACCCGCGCCGUGGUGGACGCGGUCGGCGCAGACCGCACGGGGAUCCGAUUCAGUCCGUGGAGUACAUUCCAGGGGAUGCGGAUGGACAAUCCUGUGCCGACAUUCAGGUAUCUGGCGGAGCAGAUGCGGGCUCUCAAUCUGGCGUAUACACACUUGGUCGAGUCGCGGAUUUCCGCCGACGAAGACGUGGACGCCACUGACAAGCUGGACUUCUUCCUCAGUGCGUACGGCAAUAGCAGCCCCGUCGUGGUCGCGGGCGGGUACACGUCUGCCUCGGCGUAUGAUGCUGUGGAGGUCAAGUAUAAGGGGUACGAUGUGAUGAUUGGGUUUGGACGCCCGUAUGUCUCAAAUCCGGAUCUGCCGUUUAGGGUACAGAAGGGGGUACCGUUGGUGCCGUAUCGGCGGGAUUCCUUCUAUGUGCCCAAGGAGCCUUGUGGGUAUAUUGAUUAUCAGUUUAGUGCUGAGUUUGAGGCUGCGCGGGCUGUGGCUUGA